UGCAGAACAAACCCCGCAUAUCGAAGGAGGGUAACCAAAAGAGAGGGAGAGCAAUAAAAGAUCCUUUUCAUUGUAAAAGGAAACCAAGCAUGAAAGGACAUGGAAAAUUAUACGUCACCCGAAAAAUCAUUUCAAGCAAGUUCGAAAUACGAACAACACAAGGGGUUUCUCUACUACGAUUAACUUCGUUGGAGUGGGGGAAGAGCACACGAUCGCAUCAAGCUCGCACCAUGAGUUUUCGAACGACAACGGUAGGAGACAGAUCUCUUGUAUACGUUUCUCGUUUCUUGUUAAUAUUAUUUUUAUCCAACAAUUUUUCUUUUUUGUUUCGUAGUAAGAAGAAAUUUAUAUGUGAAAAAUUUAAUAUCUUUACUGUGUAGAACUACGUGUAAAAUGAAAAACAUUCUUUGUCGGUGUUCAAAACAGAAAAUGAUUUGAUGUAACAUAGGUACAUAUAUACAAAGGUCGGUGACUUGAAAAAUCUCUGGACUGCUGUCUAUAAAGAUAAGGUGAAACACUGAAGUUGCUCUCUCAUUCGAGACUACCGUGACCGUAUUGGAUUUCUAUUUCCUGUAGUGCAAGAGAACGCACGCACAUGAAGAGUGCUCUCCCUUGUUUCACCAUCAAGAGGGAAAUUAUGAGAACGAUACGGGAUCUAGGAGGACAUGCGCAAGUUUAGCGAAGAAUUCAAAUCGGAUGGCUGUUCUUUUAAAAUUUGAGCGCAAAGGCGCAGUGAAGACAACAGAGUGCAAUAGCAAUGACGCUUCCGGUAUCAAAUUAUCAGGAGCUACUCAUUCAGGUUCGAGAGUUGACGCAUGAAACGAUUCGUUUGCAAAGACAAUUAUCUUCUGACCUGUUCGAUAAUGCUGAUCCUCCAGAUGUAAAUCACAAUUUUUCUCUCAGUCAAAAGAAUUAUGAAAACGGAAAACAUCUAACAGACAACGUGAUACGACAGAGUGAGAAAAGUAGAAAAGAAGAGAUAGGACAGAAUCCGUUGGUUGGAUACGACAAUCUCCGAUUUCGACCACGGUUCUGUCAAAAUUUAGAUUCUAGCGAAGGUAUACGAGCAGGAGAAUUGACCAGUCGUCUCUUGACUUGGAGAAGUCGAAGCCAUCGUCCAAUAAUACUGCAGGAGGACGCGGAUGAUUGCCAAAAGAGACCGGAAAGAUCCUUGUCUGAGGAGUGUCGCGUGUCUCACGGACCGGUAGGCGUCGGCGUGGAAGGUGUCGGCUCGUGGAGGGCUCAGCGGCGCCCUCACAAUAUCGAGAUAUCUGCGCCCCUGUCCGGCGUCGCGGCGCACGAGCUGGAGUCGUCCGUGGACGGCGCAACGUUCAACCCUGUCGCCGCAGCGGCGACGACAUCCACGAGAUGCUCGUUGGUGAAAAACACUCUGAAAACGCCUUUAUCCUCUUCCACUUUUCUACCCGUCAAUGCCAACAUCAGGCCAAGAUUGUACCUGGGUUCCGUGAUUGCUGAAACCAGCAAGGAGGAUGCCAUGGAGCCGGAAGUGAAAGAGGAGGACGAACGAAGGUCGUCCACGCCGAGCCCCGAGCAGAUAUAUAUAAGAAGAAAUAAACGUUACAAUGAGGGUGGAAGUAGCGAAGAAGAUAGCAAACCGGAUACAUCCCUACAAGGUCAUAGAAUACCGUCUUCUUAUCGGGGAACCUGGCCCAUCAGAAGAGACAUAUGGGCCAAUCAACAAAUGGGAUUUUCCACUCAACAAGGCACAUCAACCACUGUACAUAACGAUAUAGCUAGCGUGAUGAGCUUUUCUUCAAAUUCGGGUGGGGCUUUCGGCUGUUCGGAAAUACAAGGAGAUCGAAGAUUAGGAGCAAAGGUAGACGUGGUGUACAAUCUAUUGGGAAUGCUAGGCAGUACAGAGGGCCGGGAAGAUAUGAGUGCAACGUUACUCUCAAUGAGUAAUUCGAUAGAUAAUUGUCUCAUAAUGAGGCAAUCAGGAUGUCUGCCAUUGUUGGUACAAUUGAUUCACGCUCCAGGACAAGAUCCAGAAACCAGAGAAAAAGCAUCAAGAGCUUUGCAUAAUAUAGUGUACGCUAAAAGUGACGAAAGGGCGGGACGUAGAGAAGCAAGGGUUCUUCGAUUUUUAGAACAGUUACGAGAUUAUUGUCAAGCAUUGAGAACGUCUCUGCAAACGGGACAGAUUCCUGAUGAUUUAGAAAGACAUCCUGGACCGACUAUAGCAGCAUUGAUGAAACUCUCCUUCGACGAAGCUCAUCGUCACGCCAUGUGUCAACUCGGUGGACUUCACGCAGUCGCAGAGCUAAUCGAGAUGGAUCACAUGGCACAUGGAAGCGAAUGCGAUGACCAAAAUUGUAUCACUUUGCGUAGAUAUGCUGGAAUGGCUCUGACUAAUCUGACUUUCGGCGAUGGAAAUAAUAAAGCAUUGUUAUGCUCCUUCCGAGAGUUCAUGAAGGCACUAGUCUCGCAGUUGAAAAGUCCAAGCGAUGAUCUUAGACAGGUAACAGCGUCUGUAUUAAGAAAUUUGUCGUGGCGAGCCGAUACCAGUAGCAAACAAACAUUGAGAGAAGUAGGAGCUGUGACUGGUUUAAUGAAGGCUGCGAUGGAAGGUAGGAAAGAAUCAACGCUCAAAUCGAUAUUGUCUGCAUUAUGGAACUUAUCGGCACAUUGUAGUACGAAUAAAGUAGAUAUUUGCGCCGUGGAUGGUGCACUAGCAUUUCUCGUGGAUAUGUUGAGUUACAAAGCACCGUCUAAAACUUUAGCUAUUGUAGAAAAUGCUGGUGGUAUAUUGAGAAAUGUAUCCAGCCAUAUUGCCGUUAGGGAAGAUUAUCGAGCCAUUGUAAGAGAAAGAGGAUGCUUGCAAGUAUUAUUGCAACAAUUACGAUCACCUAGUCUAACAGUUGUUAGUAAUGCCUGUGGAGCUCUAUGGAAUCUUUCUGCUCGAUGUCCACAAGAUCAGCGUUUAUUAUGGGACUUAGGCGCCGUUCCAAUGCUUCGUAGUCUAAUUCACUCCAAGCACAAAAUGAUUUCAAUGGGUUCGAGUGCAGCCUUAAAGAAUUUGCUAAGUGCCAGACCAGGUUCCAACAACCUUGUUCACUUAGAUUCAACAGCACGCGGAUUAGGCCUUCCAACUUUACCAACUCUAGUUGCUCGCAGACAAAGGGCUUUAGAGCAAGAAAUAGAUCAAAACUUAGCAGAAACUUGCGACAAUAUUGAACCUAGCACGUCACCUACUAACAAAGAUGACAAGUUUUCAUUCAAGGUUGAACACAGCUUCUUAGGGAUCAAUACGCGUAGUCUACGCUCUUAUCAGCUGCACAACCAGCCCAGCACAUCUAAUAUCAAAUGUAACGGAGUCGCCAGAAGUGAGAGUAGAGACUCUAUGCGUUCUAUAACAAGUACACACUCUGAUACUAUGUUCGAAAGAGUAAAUCGACAUGUAUUGAACGGAUUAUCUCCCACUGAUAUUCAAAUAAAACAGCAGUCUUCAUCGUUGCAUUCUGCAGUCGGUUUUGAUAGUGGAAUAUCCACUGAUGUUCAUUCGAAAACCUCUUCAGAAAAAAAAUAUACAUUACGCUACAAAAAUGCCAUCCCAGAUCGUUUGAAAUCAUCAGAUUUUAAUGCUCUUGGUGAUCUUAGAUGUACUAACUCUACUAUUUCCUGGUCUUCUGCUCCAGAUCAAGAAUCCACUUGUUCACAAAAUUUAUUACAUUCUUCUGUAGAAGACAAUUUGCCACAAAGCAUCUCGUCUAUUCUAAAGACUGGCAGUCAAUCCAGUAUUUCAGAAGAAACGGAGUUAAAUAUUUGCACAAAAACAGAAUAUGUGACUACAAAGACUGGGAUAGAAACUUCGUUAUCUUUUGUUAAUAGUAGCUCUCCUGUGAAAGAUACUAUUAGCUUUGAAAAUGUCUAUGAUAAAAAUGUAUUACACCAGCAUAAUUCAUUGAAUAGUAUACAACAAACUAUUUCACCAACUGUAAACCAUCGAACAGAAGGAACUUUGUUUAGUGAUUAUGCCGUGACCGAUUUGGAUCAACCGACUGACUAUAGUUUGCGUUAUGCGGAACGAAGUUUAGAAGACGAAGAAAAACCACAUUCCCAUUAUUUUACAAACAAUGAUCAGGAACUUAUUCAUGAAGAUACAGUGAAGACUUAUUGCACAGAAGGAACACCACAUGGAACAUCUUUAAAUUCUUCUAGAGCAGCAUCUGCAUCUGACUUACAGGAGGAUACUCGGCAGAGAAAUUUAUUGAAAAAGAUUCAAGAACAGGGUAAAUUACAGGAUAAGGAAGAAAUGAAUUUAGAAACAAAUAUCAAGCACAAUAAUAUUGAAGAGGAUAAUCAUACUGUGCAAAAUCCAUUAAGUUCGAGAAGUACUCUUACACAAAUAUCUUCAAAUAAUUUACAAUAUGAUGAAAGUAAUAAUAUAACAUCCAAUUCGACUAAAAGUAAGCCUGAUAUGAAAAAGAAAUAUGAUACUCAGAGUGGCAUGUUUGAAAAGAAUGAUAAAUUCGAUAAAAAUUAUCCCAACAAUGGAGUUAAUUCGUACGUGACCAGUGCAUUGAAAACUUCUAAUGAUUCAGGAUGUAAGGAAUUUGAACUAAAAGGAGAUACCCGUAACAUGCCUUAUAUAUUAAAUAUAAACAACUCUUCCGAAUGUUUAGAUCAAGUCAGUGAUGGUGAUGAGGACGAUGAAGAUCUACUUACAGCUUGCAUUAAUAUUGGAAUGCAAAAUAAUAGGCACAGGCAUUCUUUUAUUGGAAACAAUUUUGAAAAAGUUCCACGAAAUGAAAGUAACUUAGCUCGAUAUCAAACUAGUAUUGCAUUAGAUCAAAUGGAAUGUAAUUCAUUAAUUGAUUCUACCAUGAACAGUCUUGAUAUAAAACAAUUGGAAUCUGAAGAAACAAUAAAUUCCGAAAUUUCUAUAGAUAAUGUAAUUGAUAAUUCAUCAAAAAUGAAUGUUGUAUCAAAUUAUACUCAAAGUAGUACAGCUAAAUUUAUGCAAGAGGAAACAGAAUCUAAAAUUUCAAUACAACAAUCAAAUCAAGUUUUACAGAAUGAAUUAGGCAAAAUAAGAAAGACAGAACAUAAUUCAUUAUUAUGUGAUGAUAGAUUAUGCAACUUUUCAUUGUCUUCGAAUUUAAGAAAUAGUCCAAUAUUACAUGAAACUGUAAUAUUCAAUACAGAACCAUCUCAACAACAAUAUUUAUCUAGUAUUGAUACCCAUUCAAAUGAAGAUAUGUCAUCUUUGAUUCAUAAUGAUCUUAUUGAUAAUGAUCAAAAUAUAGAUGAUGAUUCAACUAAGUGGGAAAAUGACAGAGUAUUAGAAUCCAUAGAAAAUAAAAAUAUUGAGAAUCCAUCUAUGGAACAAUCUUAUUCAAAAGUAACAAAUUCAGACAGCAGCGAAUCAAUUGAUUCUGUAGAACAAUCCGAACAUGCACUUCUAGAAUUAUGCAUACAACCUGCAUUAGCUAAAACCAUGGACAAUAUUCAACUAAAUAAGACUACAGUGAAUAAAAAUAAAGAUGAAUUUGAAGAAAAACAAGUUAAAACAAAAAUUAGUGAUGAUGAAAUUAAUAAAACAUAUAGCGAUAUAUGUGAGAUAGAUGGUAUUAAUAAGGAAGAAAUUGAUUUAAAACACAAAUUAAUACAAAAAUCUACAGACUCGACAAAACAUGUAGAGAAAGAAGAUGUAUAUCGACGUCAGAGAGAUCCUGAUGCCAUGAUUGCUUCGUUAGAUCGAUUGACUGCAACUUUAGUGCAGCAAACGGAAGCAAUUCGAGAACGAGAUUCUAACGCGAUGAAACAAAGUGUAUUGAGUGAUACGUGGAACGAGGAUUCUCCUAAUGAUGUCUCUUUUCCUAGUAUCAGCAUUAGUGCUCCCAUAAUUGCCUCGUUUAAGAGCGAUGUAGCAGAAGAACAAGGUACGAUUACUUCAGAAUGUUAUGAAACAAUAAGCAGUGAAAGUGGUCCUAUGUCGAACUCAAAAAUUAUUCAAAGAGAAGCAAUUAAAUUGGCUGAAGCAGUGGAUGCAGAAAUGAACAGACAAAAUGAGUUAGAUACAACUAGUAUGACAUCUAUGGACUUAGAUGCAAUUAAACCUCCUUCUUCUAUGGGGAGCUUAUUAUCACUAACUGCUAGCUAUGCAGGUUCAGGUGAUUGUAGCGAAUCAUUCAUUAAUCGAGAUAGAUGUAAUUCUGCAUCUUUACCUCCUAUUCAAGUGAAAAACGUUUCUUUGACGGAUUCCCGAAAUAAUCGUAAAAAAUCACUUCCUCUAGGUGUAGUAGCUAAAAGAGCUCUCAAUCAAAACCAAAAUCAUACUGGCAGUUUAGAAAACUUGUUAAAUGAAUGUAUUGGUUCGCAUUUAGACAGUGUUAAACCACCAUCAAUGUUAGAUGAAUUACCAGAUGUUGGCGACAUGGAAAAUAGUAUGUUAAGUGUGGCAAGUAUUACGUCAGAAGUGGCGGAUUCUAAAGAUCAGGACUCGCAACACUUAAGUGGAAGCGAUGCUGCAUUUGAUUUAUUAAGACCUGUCGCAAAUGUACUUUCUAUGACGUGUAUGCGAUAUGCUGAAGCUAUGCAAAAUAGUGCAAAUAAUAGUUUGAGCGAAUGCUUGGAAAAUAUCAAUCCACCUUCAUUAUUCAACGAAGUCUGCGAAAUGGAUGAAUCGACUGUGGAACAGGCAUCAGAGACAAUAUGUAGUGAUACAUUAUGUAUUGACGCGGAAUUACAUACUGAAGAAGCUUCGCAUCCUGUUAUGAUAGAUAAAAUCGAUGAGGCAGGCGAUACUGAUGAAGCAGUUACACCAAUCUCUUCCGAAUAUUGUCUCACUAGUUCAGCGGAAUCUACGCCUAGGAAACGAUUGCAUAAAAAUUUAACACCGAAACAGAAAAGGACUUUGGCCAAAGAAAGAUAUAAAACUUAUACAAUAGCUGCAGAGCUUGACAAAAAAGAGACAGAAAAUGUAGUACAAGAAAAGGUUUCACGGGGAAAAUGUUCGCCUUUUUCGAAACUGACACCUAAACAACGCAGACAAGAAGAUAGAGCAAGAUUUCAAACGCAGGUAUUAGAAAAUCCUUUCCCCGACAUGAAUCAAGAUCAAAAUAAUCAACAAGAAAUUAAUACUAUUUGUGAGCAAGAAAAUUCUGAAAAACCAACAAGAGCUAUAUCCCCUGUAAAAUCUGCUAUUCCUACAUUAAAAUUGUCUGCUUGUAAAACAUUGAUUAAAAAACGUACUGAACAAAAGAAAAAUAGGGAAAGAUAUCGUACAAGAACUUUGAAUGAUUCAGAAUGUAUAUUCAAAGAUAUAGAAAGUAAUGCUACAAAUAUGACAGAAGAUAGAAUACCAGAUUCAACGCACAAUAUUGAAUCAGAAAUUCAAACCAUGCUAGAACAAAAUGCAACCAUCGUAUUGAAUACGUUAAAUGAAUCAAACAAAACGAAUGAAAUUACAGAGGAAGGAUUAUUAGAUUGCGAAACUAUUAGUUUAGUAUCAAAUGAAUCGGAAUCCGAACGUAAUCUUCGAAUGCGAUUUGUCAACGGUAUUUCUAAAAAAUUAAUAGGUUCAUAUUCUCAACAAAUAGAUAACGUACAGGAACCAAAAGAUGUUUAUAAAGAAACUAUUGAAAUUGAAGCACCUAGAUCACAUGAAGACAUCAGGUAUACUGACAAUGUGGAGACGGAAAGCGAGGAUGAAUCAAAUAAUAUUGAAGAUCCACCUAGAGAAACAAAAAGACCUCGAAUAAUUAAACCAGGAAUGGUAAGAGAUCCCAGCAAUGAUUCUAAUGCUACAGAUAAAUCAGAUCCAGAAAGUCCAAAGGCUAUUCGAGGCAGAAGAAAAGCUCUCUAUUCGAAUCCAAUUACACGAAAACCAACACCACAAUCGUCUCCAUUAAAACAAGUGAAUCCUGUUAGUGGAAUACCUAUAGGACGCAGUAAUACUUCACCUAUUGUAAGAGCUACUAGAGCUACCACCCUCAGGCAAAAUAAUAAUAGUCCAAAUGUCAUGAUGAAAGAGUCUGCAAAAUCAAAUAUAAAUCUUAAAGCAACUUCUAAUUCAACAGAUGAUAAAAAAACAAAAGUUCUGUCUAUAGCUGCAAAAAGAGCAUCGGUUCCUCAAAAAGGAUCGUCGUUAACCUUCACAAAAUCCGUAAAAAGGCAUAGCACACCUCCAACAUGUUCUUCCUCGAAUUAUCAACAAGAGACCAAAUCAGAUGUAACAGUAAAACCUUUAGAACGACAAGGUACGUUUACCAAAGACGAACCAGAAGUAGAAAAUGCUCCUACCGUAGUUUCUACAUCUUCUUCUCCGAUAAAAACGAAGAUCGCAAAACCUAUUAGAGGUGCGACAUCCAAGAUACAUCCAACAACAGGGAAACCAAAAAUUUCAUCAAAGACACAUCAAGCACACCAAUCGAAAUCAUCAAAAGGAAAUGUUUCAGAAAAAACUCAAUCUUCGAAAGCGUUACUAGUUACUCCAAAACGAUUACCUACAGGAAAAAUGACUCCAAAAAUACCAGCUAAUAAUCAAAAUGCUACACAAGCAGAAAACGGUAAAGUUUUUCGAAAGGUAGGUCCUCUUGGUCAGAGAUCUAACAGUAAUUCCAGUAUAGUAUCAAAUUCAUCGACUGGAAUGCAGACUAGAAAAUUGGCAAAAGAAGCAACUAGUAAAAUUGCAAGUUUAUGGAAAAAAGUAGAAGAGAACAAGAAUAAGCAACGGUUUGAGAAAUCAGAUACUAGGCAAUGGGUACAGCCUGGCAAUUGUGCCAAUGAUGUAGAUGCUCCAAUUUUAGUAAACAAUCCACCAACUUUUAGAUUAUUCCGUAGCUCAACAUUUGAAGGAGUACCUCAAGAAAAUGAUAAUCCUGAAUCAGCUUUGUACAAAUCUAAAUUGAAAAGACCAUUGAUAAUGGGUGUGCAACCUAGUAAAGUGAAGUAUAGAAACUCUUGUGAUUUAAGCGGAAUGAAUGCGAACGAUGCUCCUUGCAAGAUUCCUGUAAAGUCUAGCGAUGCUUCUACGUACAAGAAAGAUACCAUAGACAUAGGUGAUGCUUCAGUUGUUUUACGAAAAUCACAGCAUACUGAAUCCUCCACGAUAGAGAUAGAUCCUACGAAACGGAUAUCACGUCUUGGUUCCUUUAUACGAGUAGAUUCUGCAAAUGGAGAAGGUUCUGCACAAACAUAUGUUAGUGGGGCUGGUAUGCGUACACCCGCAUCCGCUAUCGUACCGCCUUUUAAUUAUAAUCCGAAGCAAGAUAUUUCACAAACAGCCAAAGUAACGCCUGAUGAAAUUGAAAGCAAAUUCAAAGUGACAGAUUGUCAUAGUGACAUAAUCACAGCUUCUACAAGAGUAACAACAGUAUAGUGGGAAUUUGUUAUAAAAUAAAUAAUUUUUUUUCGUAGUAUCGCUUUUCUGUUUCGGGCUAGUCAUUGUACAUUUGCUUUACUGCUGUAUUGAUCAUAAAUCAACAUGCAGUACAUAUUAAGAGUACUUGAUAAGUAAAGUUUUCUUUUUUUACCUCAUCAUUUAAAGAGCACUGAAAAUCUUCAUGGUAUCUCAAUAAUUUUUACACACUGAAUAUAAGAAAAUAAUUAAUUGAAUAUUUUUUUUUUAUUAUGCAUGUGCAUUGCAAUGCAAUCUUUUUUUUUAAAAAAGAUAUAAUUAGAAUGUGACAUAGCUGAAAAUCCUGAUCAUUCCUAUUCACUUUGCGUGUUGUAUAUACAUAUAUUGAUAAAUUUCAUGAUUAUGAAGAAAAUUAAAAAUCGGUAGUACGUAGCAGUAAUUAUGCUCGAUUAUUUAUUCAAUUUUGUAUAUAUUGAACGUCGAUAAAGAAUGUAGAAAGUUUAGUAAUAUGUAUCACGACUCAUGAUGUAUAUCGCAGAAAAGUGUGUCGCUAUACAUCUUCGUAAUAGAUAAAUUUGCAAGGAAGAAGAUCUGUAUUUUGUUUCCAUCGUAAACUGAUUUGUAUUCUUCUAAACAAAUAUAAAGUUUAAUUACUUUUUAAAGACUGAUAGAAACAUGAUGAAGAUUCGAAUGAAACUGAGACAUUUUCAACACAACAAAAUGUUAUGGUAAAAAUGGUAAUAACGUUUAUAUCAAUGUUUAGCGGUCUAAAUAACGCUAAACUGGCAUUACAUGAAAAGACAAAAUUUUGUAAACCCUUAUAUUAAGUUUCUAGUCUAUUUGAAAAUCUACAAUUAAAAUAGCUUCUAUUUUGAUCAUAUAUGUAUUACAUAAAAUCGAUUUGCAUGUAACAAGUGUCCACUGAUUUAACUGGUACCCUUUCUAAAAUAUAUGUAGGUACAAUUAAAGAGUGUGUACGGAUCAAUUAUGUAUUUAUAGAUUGAAAAGUUUAAGGUAUCGAUAUGGCGUUUAAUAAUUUUAUUUUCAUAUUUUCUUCAUUAGUUUUCUAGUUUUACUAGAAAAUUUGCUAAUAUUUGAAGCGAUCAAUAAUGCGUACAAUAUUUUAAGUUUUUUUCUAUAUCGUGUCAUCUUUCGUUCUAUAUGCGCAUAUGCAAAUCAAUCUAAAAUCUUAUUAGAAGGAAACUGUUUGACACGAUAUAGAAUAGAUUUUAUUGUUCAUUAAUUACAUAUUUAUUAUACGCAUUUUACCCUGUUCCAGUUCGAGUUAAUUAGAUUUAACCCUUCCAACUUGGAGUCAUAUCAGGGUAUCCUUGUAUUUUUUUUUUUU